GCGCUUUCACGCUGGGUGUACGAUACUCGGGUAGCGCGUACGAUGACGAUGAUGAUGACGGAGGAAACGGUUGACGGUUACGUCAGCCGGAAUAUCGAUCGUUAUUGGCAGAAGAUCGUUUUCUGCCGGCAGGAUUGUACGUGCCGCGCUGAUGAGUGCGUAUACGUGCGUGUAUGUGUGUGUGUGUGUGUGUGUGUGUCGUGAGUUAUCGAAACAAUAGGCCGGUGUACCGCCGUCCUCCUCCGAUUCAGCCAUUCGUUUUCCUCCUUCGCACCGUCCUGCGAGAGAGACGACGACUCCUGGCGAUCCCCUCUCUGUCAGUGCGUGCUUUACCCUCACGGAUGACACUUUGUCUCGAGCAAUGCAUUCCCGCUCGAUACUCCGUUUCGCAUAAACAAGCGAUUCCUUAAACCGCUCGUUCUCGAUCUGCAAAUUGACCAGUUAUCUCUUCUUACAAGCAGCACACGCUUUUCUUUCUCUCAUUCAACUGCCGUGACAUCGACUGCUCGUUUAAAUCCGCAAUAAGAAAGGCCUCACGAAUAUUUAUUCACGGACAUUCACACGUCGCAAAUGGAUCGGGUUGUUGCUGGUGCAAAUGAAAGAAAUGUUUGGCCGUCGUUGAAGUUGUUCGCGCGAAUUUUCGUGAAGCAAUGAACGAAGGUGACAUGCCGGACUCUUGUGGUAUUUAAACCAGUACGUAGUGCGUGUCGCGCUUUUGACGGGCGAGGAGUCUCGGUCGUCCGAUUGUCAAGGGUUCACGCCGGCGAGAUCGUUCACGAUGAAUGCCGAGGAGGUUAAAGUGGGCUGCUUUCAAAUGGUGUUAGUGUUGCUGCUCGGAAUAAACUAUGUCAUCGUAGCCAUGAGCCACGCGUUGCCGGUCUUUCAUAAUUACACGCCGAAAUUCUUCUGCCAGACGAAGAAUUCGACGAGCAAGAGCUACGGCUGCCAAGACGUCGCGAAUUCAUCGAUCGACGCCAACGUAACUUUCGCGUCGCCGGAAGUGUCGGCUCUCGCGUCCUGUCCCGGCGAAUAUCGCUUUAUGACGGAGUUUGCCGAGAGCAGCGUGGUCAUCGAAUGGGGCUUGGUGUGCGAGAAGCGCUACCUGUCUCUCCUCGGCCCGACCGCUUAUUACACCGGGGUGCUGUUGGGCGCGUGGAUCGCCGGAUUUCUGGCCGAUCGUAUCGGCAGACUUCCUGUCCAAGCGAUUUGCCUUUACGCGCAGGGCACGAUGGCGGUAGCACUCUAUAUCGUACAGAGUUACCCCGCGUUCCUGGCGCUGCGUGGUCUUCAAGGGGUGUUCGUCCAGGGUCUGCAGAACUCCACGUAUAUCCUCUCCCUGGAACUAUUCCCGGCGCGAUCUCGUACCCUCGUCGCGCUGAUCAUGCAGAUCUCCUGGUCGAUCGGCCUCGUGCUGCUCGCGGUGCUCAGCUAUAUGAUUCCGGACUGGCGAAUUCUGCAGCUGGCCGUCUCCGUACCCACCGCGAUCACCGUGCUGUACAUUUGGAUUAUACCGGAAUCGCCGAGGUGGCUACUCGCAAGGGGCAAGUCGACAGAGGCCGAUAUGGCGCUCGAGAGAAUCGCAAAAUAUAACGGCUGCUGUAUCAGGACGCAUAACGAAAAAACGGCGGAGCGAGAGGUAUGCGUGAAAAGUAACACGACGCCGAUAAAACCGGAGAGGAAGUCGCGCGUCACCAGCGCCGAUCUACAGAGAGCGAGAUCCGAUGAAAAGCAACGAGAAGAGGCCACGAAUCUGUUGAUAAACGGAUCGGAACCGGUCGAACAAAAAGAGCGAGCUUCUGGAGCGAAUCCGCCGAGCACGGAGGACAAAUCUGCCAACGUGGAAUUACGACAGGAGACGCGAAGCUUCGCGCAAGAUUGCGACACGAAGGAUCUACCUUCGAGCUCGAAGUGCGACAGAAGGUCAAAGACGACCUCUCAAGCGGAGUGCGACCAAAGGGUCUCUCUGAGGGCUGCGGAGGAGGUGGUGCUGCGUAGAGCGAAGAAGGAGAGAGCGAGCGAAAAUGCAGAGAAAUCGACGAGUGGAAAGGAAGGAGCCAAGACGAGUCCAACGUUCAAGGACUCGUUCAAGUCAUCGACGUUGAGGAAAUACGGCGUGAUAAUGAUUUGUCAGUGGUUGGCGUCUGCGAUGGUUUGCGGCGUACUCGACGAUCUCGCGCCGAAUUUCCCAGUCGACAGGCACAUCACGUUCGCCCUGGGCGGAGCUCUGGAGAUUGCAACGUACACAUUCAUGUACUUCGUGCUGACCAGAUACGGUAGACGAGUGCCGAUGUGUCUAUACCAAUCCUUCAAUGGCGUCAUUUGCGUUUUAAUUGCGGCCUUUCUCAUUUUAAUCGACGCCACUGCACCGUGGACAGAUCUGGCGAAAACGAUAAUAUUGCUGUUUGGCAGAGUAAUCGUCACGAGUACCGUCGCCAUCGCCUAUCUGUACACCGUUGAGACAUUCCCAACGGUGAUACGAGGCAGUUGCUUGGGUUUGUGCGUGGUGUUUGCGAAAAUCGGUAGCCUAAGCAUGCUGCACUUGCUAUUAUGGGGGCGAAACGUGCCACUUCCGGUACUAUUACUAAGUGUUGGCAUGCUGUGCCUCGUCUCUGGUGCAUUGGCUCUGAUCUUACCGGAGACACUGGGCAGAAUUCUGCCGGACGGCGCGACGGACGUGGAAGAUAUGAUCGGCGACCGCGGAAACAAAAACGGCAACAGAAACGACAGCGAUAAUGUGGAAAACGACAGUAAGGAAGACUUGACGGAGAGGCAGAUACUGAGGGAGAAACUCUUCUCGGAGGACUGGGUGGAUGCCGGCAACGGGAUUCUAGUGAAUUUCUCGGAAAAUAAGAGCGCCGAGUAACGAGUAAAGUCGAGACGACUUUGCGUUAUGGAA